AUGGCCUCGACAGGCGUGUCGAUGACGCCUGCUUCGGCUCUCGCCCCUGCACCAAUGCUGGCCGCUCGGCCUUCCAUGACGCCGUCAGUAGCCCCGUCGCCCGGACCCGGGACGCCCGGCUCCAUCACCUCGAAAGAAUGGGUUAUUCCACCCCGUCCGAAGCCUGGCCGCAAGCCAGCCACCGACACUCCGCCAACCAAGCGUAAGGCCCAGAACCGAGCCGCUCAGCGAGCUUUCCGUGAGCGCCGGGCCCAGCGAGUCCAGGAACUUGAGGAGCAGAUCAAGGAAAUUGAGGAUGGCCACGACGUGCGCAUCGCAGCUUUCACCGAGCAGGUCAGCAACCUCUCGCGGGAGGUGGAACAAUGCCGUGAGGAGGUGAGCUGGUGGCGUGACCGGUGCCACUCUCUCGAGAAGGAGGUUUCCAUUGAACGCAGUGCGAAGGAGGCUAUCGUCAAAGAAUUCCGGACUUCCAUCACUGGCUCCAGCAGCAGCAAAUUAUCGUCCAUCCCAGACUCUGUGCCUCUACCACCUCGCACUCGCCCAUCUACCCGAAGCUCCCGCAUGGAGGGCAUCGUGUCCACCAGUGCCGAGCAUAACCGGGAAGAAGGCGCCGAUAACGUACCUCUAGGGUGCUCCAGCUGCUCCAACACACACUGCCAGUGCAUUGAGGAUGCUUUCUCUAUGCCAAUUGAUACCCACGAGUCCGCUCGAGCUAGACAUCCCCCUCAUGGAGUGGGCAGUCCGCGGCGCGAGAAUGCAGAGCCGGAGAUCAAGCCCGACCCGGAGGAGAUGGAGAUUGACUUCACAUCUCGAUUCGCCGGUGUUCCCGCCCAGCCCAGCUCUCACGGCAACAAUAACGAAGUUUCCUCGCCACCUGUCGAUCCGUGCGGGUUCUGUCAGGACGGCACGCCCUGCAUCUGUGCCGAGAUGGCAGCGCAGGAGCAGCAGCGCGGCCGCCGCAGCUCCUUCGAAGCCCCCCGCCUCGCUCCGAUCCAGUCUAUCUCACAGUUCACCCCUCCUCCUUCCGACAGCGACGUCCGCUCGGAAGUGACUCUGCCCCCCAUCAGCCAAGCGACCAACCCUUGUGCCAACGGACCCGGAACUUGCGCCCAGUGCCAGGCCGAUCCCCGAAGCACCCUUUUUUGCAAGACGCUGGCAGCCUCCCGGUCAGCGAGCGGAACUCCAACGGGAGGUGGCUGCUGCGGCGGAAAGGGAGCAGACGGGGGAUGCUGCAUGUCCCGAAAUGCCCCCGCCACCCCGUCCGCGCGUAACAACCCCUCCAUGCCUCCGCGACCUGCCCCAGCCAAGCCCGUUACGCCCUCUGAAAUCACCCUGAGCUGCGCCGACGCUUUCACCACUCUCUCGCGCCACCCCAACUUCUCCAAGGCCUCUGACGAGAUCUCUUCUUGGCUGCCUAAGCUGCACACCCUGCCCAACCCUCGUGAGUUGGCACUGGCUGAGCGCAGCGGCCGAGCGGCGAUGGAAGUCGAAGCUGCCAGUGUGAUGGGCGUACUCCGCUACUUUGACCGGCGAUUUGCUGAGAAAUAA